AUGGCAGACGAAGCGGCUUUGCGACACCUCAUCUUUGACCAUCCUAUCAUCGACAAUCAUGCUCACAAUAUCCUCAAAGCAGACAGCGCCUCCAAUUACGACAGGUACCCUUUUGAAACUAUUACCUCAGAAGCCCAGGGCGAAUCUUUAGGGAGUCACGCUGCCAAUUCUCUUGCGCUAAUCAGAGCUGUCAACCAGCUAGCAGAACUAUUCGGAUGUGCGCCCGAAUUAAGCGCCAUCAAGUCCGCAAGAGAAAAGGAAAUCGAGAACGAUUAUGACGGUCUGGUCAAGAAAUGCCUCACGGGGACUCAUAUGUUGUUGAUAGAUGAUGGCUUGCCUGAAGGAGACAUGGAGUUAUACUCAUGGCACGACCAAUUCACCAAUGCAGCCUCGAAAAGGAUCGUCCGCAUUGAGGCCGUCGCCGCCAAUAUAAUUGAAAAACUGCUGGAGACCCGGAACAUUUCCCGAAAAUCCCUGCUCUCGGCAGAGCUAAAGAGCGCCAAAGAUUUCUGGAAUGCGUUCCGAGAUAGCUUUAGCGCGGCGAUAAAAAACGCGUUGGAUGAUCCUGCCGUUGUUGGUUUUAAAUCUGUUGUCUGCUACAGAACCGGCCUCAAGAUCCGGAAAGGCUCCGCAGAAGCACUAUUUGCUAGCUUCGAAACUUACUUUCGACACUUUGUGGAAACUGGGGAAUCCAGAAUCCAGAACAAGCCAUUGAAUGAUUAUCUCGUCAUAUCUGUUCUUGAGCAUAUAUCCCAGCAGUCAAAGGAGUCGAGAAAACCAAUCCAAUUCCACACAGGCUUGGGAGAUUCCGAUAUAAAUUUGCUACGGUCAAACCCAGCCCACCUUCAGAAUUUGAUUGAAGAGUAUCCCAAUGUUGAUUUUGUGUUGCUACAUUCGUCAUAUCCAUACACUCGAGAAGCAGGGUACUUGGCUAGCAUAUAUGCGAACGCGUAUCUAGAUGUUGGUGAGGUCUUCCCCAUGACCAGCCGAGAUGCUCAACUCUCCAUCCUCCGACAAAGUCUGGAGUUGGUCCCCAGCACCAAGCUCCUUUGGAGCACGGAUGGGCAUUAUCAUCCAGAAACAUUCUGGCUUGCGAAUAAGCAGUUUCGGCAAGCUUUAUACACGAUUUUUACGGAAUAUGUCUACCAUGGGGAUUACACAUAUGGCCAGGCCAUGGAAGCUGUUCGGGAUAUAUUAUUUUUCAACUCCAACCGGCUCUACAACCUCAAGCAAUCGCCGGAUAGUCCCGAUUUCGGUCUCAAAUAUCUUCAAACUCGAGACUUGAGUCCGGCAGUAUUUCAAACAGCGACCACACCCACACCAGAAGAUAUACUUAAAAAGUUCCUUCAUAAGAAGUCUGUGGACUUUAUAUGGAUGCAAUGGGUUGACUAUACUGCCACUGUGCGUGUUCGAAUGUUUCCAAUCCGGCAAUUUAAGAAAAUUGUCAGUUCAAAACACAAAGUGGGAAUCUGUUUGGCUGUUAUGAUCAUGUUGCAGAACGACCAUCUCGCAUCCCCUGAACCUUUGUCCACCGGCGAGUUCAUUCUAACACCAGAUGUCACUACUUUAUGUCGGAAUAUUGGACUCUCCUCACGCAGUGCAACGGUUAUGACAUUCUGGAAAAAUCAAGACGGCGGUGAACUUGAAGGGUGUCCUCGAACUAUUCUUCAAAAUACUGUUAACAAAUGCCAAAGUGAGUAUGGAAUUAAAACGCUUGUGGGGUUCGAGAUAGAAGUAGUCUUCAUGAAGAUUUCUAAGGAGGGUAGUUCUACCUCUUACUCCCCUUGGUUCACUAAUCACUCGUGGUCAAACAUCACCACGGAAAAUGUUCAGGCCUUGCCAAUGAUUGAAAAGAUUGUCGAUAAACUAGCAGAUAUAGACAUCCACCUCCAGCAGUUCCAUGCUGAAUCUGGCCCCAGUCAAUUUGAGUUUAUUUUACCACCGUCUACACCACUUGCUGCCUGUGAUACUCUCAUCCAGGCCCGACAAACUAUCACUGACGUUGCUGCGCAAUAUGGGGUGCGAGCCACGCUUCACCCUCGCCCAAUCCCUAACGCUGCAGGCACUGCAUCUCACACCCACCUCUCGAUUACACCAACUACCUUCAAAGACAACUUCCUAGCAGGGCUACUCCAAAAUUUACCAUCGGUUUCACCUUUUACAUUGCCACAAGAUGCCAGUUAUGAACGAAUUGCGGAAGGAAUCUGGUCAGGCGGAGUAUGGGUAGCUUGGGGGUACCAGAAUCGCGAAACGCCCAUUCGCGAAGUGUCUUCGGGCCACUGGGAGUUCAAACCCAUGGAUGGAUUGGCCAAUCCGUAUUUAGCAGUCGCUGCAAUUAUUGGCUCAGGAUAUCUCGGCAUUAAAAAUAGGAUGCCGUUGACAAUCAAGGGGUUUAACACCGCGGCGCUCUCUCUGUCCCAGCGGGCAGCUCUCUCAAUCACAACCCGCAUUCCCUCAUCGCUAGAAGAAAGCCUCAAAGCUCUUGAAUCUAAUGUUGAACUACAAACUCUUUUGGGCCCAGAUUUUGUCAGGCGGUACGUAUGCGUUCGACGAGGAGAACAGAAAAUGCUGAACGCGAUGGACAAGGAGCAGAGGCGGAAUUGGUUGAUUGAAAGGUAUUGA